CUUUCCUGAUCUGACUGAAUGUGGACGGCAUGGACAAAUUCUUGAAGUCGAGUAGGUCUGCUGCGAAGACCGGUUUCCGUAACAACCUGAGAGUCCACGUGAUCCUGGGUAGUGAGUCAUGUGACCUGGACUCAGCCGUGUCCACGCUGGCCAUGGCCUACUUCCUGUCCAGGACGUCCUCUGGUCGGUUGGGUUGUCCACUGGUUGUUCCGGUUCUCAACAUUCCUCGUUCACAAUUCCACCUGCGAGCUGAUGUCCUCCUCCUGUUUAGGGAGGCCGGUGUCGCCAUGGAAACCCUGGUGUUCAGAGACGAGGUGGACCUGGUUCGUCUCCAUGCCAACCGGAGGCUAGCACUGACGCUGGUGGACCACAAUGUCCUGCCGAGUGCCGACAGCGACCUGGAGGCUGUGGUAGUAGAGGUCAUCGACCACCACCAGCUGGAGAGGACCGCCUCCCUUUCCUGUCCUGUCAAUGUGGAAAUGGUAGCAUCCUGUGCUACCUUGGUAACAGAGCGGAUUCUGUCCAGACCACUGGAGAUCCUGGACAAGCAGCUGGCAUUACUGCUAUAUGGUGCGAUGGUGGUGGACAGUGUGAAUCUGUCUCCUCUGGUCGGUAAAGUGACCGUUAAAGACAGUCAGACAGUCCAUCUGCUGCAGAUGCAGUUCCCUGAUCUGCCACCAAGCAGCGCUCUUCACACUGCCCUGCACAAGGCCAAGUUCAGCAUUUCAGGUCUCACCACAAAUCACAUCCUAUUGAAUAACAUGAAGACAGUUGUCAGGGGCGACCUGAGAGCAGCCGCCAGCGUCGUCUACAUGAGUCUGGAUUCAUUUUUGCUCACAAAGAAUCUGCAGCAGCAGCUCUGCGAUUUCUGCCAGUCACACCGAUUGGAUGCUGUGGUUGCCAUGACGAUAUCCUUCAGCGACCAGUCUUACAAGCCCGUGAGACAGCUGGUCAUCUACAGCUCCAACUCGAUGUUCAGGCAGGAGAUUAGCCACGCCCUCCAAAACUCCCAGAGCCCCGCCCUCUGCCUCUCUCCUGCCAGCAGCCCAUAUAAGGACAUCCUGGCCUAUCACCAGGGCAACGCUCUGGCUUCUCGCAGUAAAGUCCUUCCUGUCCUCGCACACUUCUUGUCUCGCUGGCAGCAGGAAAAUGGCGAGAAUGGCCAGCUCGACCAAUCAGACCUGAUGAUCUCUGAUGCAACAGCUGAUGACGGCCUGCCUCCUGUUUACACCGCCUCUGGUCACCACCGCCGGCGGCUGCAGCUGGGAGUGGAGGAUUAUGGAAAUGGGCCACCGCCGCCGCCGAUGAACAGCCUGGUGGACGGCUGCCCACUAGAUGGCGACUUCAACCAGGAGGCUUUAAUGGAGAAGUUCAGGAGGAUGGGCGGGGUGGAGGAGGAGCAACAUGGCGGAAACGGCGACUGAAGUUUCUCCUCUUCGAAUUAUUGCAAAUGUGUGAUAUUAGAAAAUUCAUAGGAGCGGCUGUUGUUUUGUAAUCAGUAAACGUUUAUCUUCCAA